AUGCAGCAGGUUGUGCUCUCAGAUGAGAGUCCAGGAUCACCAUGCCAGCUACUUUGCAUUCCCAGCAAUACCCAGCUCCUUCAGAAAAAAGUUCUACCAGCUUCUCAAUAUCCUGUCUUCACUAAAGAUGGAAGUCAAGAAAACCUACUAGAAACAGAUGCCACACUGAUGAGCUGGGCCCAAGCAUCGCUAACAUUUGAGGAUAUAGCUGUGAACUUCUCUAGUAAGGAGUGGCAGAGUCUGACCUAUUUUCAAAGGCAUCUCUACAAAGAUGUGAUGUUGGAAAAUUAUGGAAACAUGGUAUCCCUUGGAUUUUCAUUUCCUAAACCUCCUUUGAUCUCCCAUCUGGAGCAAGAAGCAGAGCCAUGUGUUCAGGAUCUACAGUACGGGAGGUUCCUGAGCUGCUCCUUCCCAGUACCAACAGGCAGGAUUUGGCCUGGGAGUGAGAAGGCACCUUCAGAACAAGAAGUAUUUGAAAACAGAGAAGUCUUCUGGGUGAAAUGUAACAGUCUUCUAAAUAUUGUUUCCCAGGAUCCUGAAGUUAGAGAAGUUUGUAUGCAGGAUGUCAAACUAGAAAAUCAAUGGGAAACAUUUGUAAGGGGAGAACUGAGAGAAGUGAGAGAAGGCUCUACGGAAGUGACCUUCAAAAAGGGAAAGAACCAGAAGGUACUUAAAAAAAUCUUUAAUUCAAACUCAAAACAUAUUUCAUAUAAUAGAGUGUUUACAAAGCAAAAACUUCAUGAAUAUACGAAAUGUGACAAAAAAUUCAGCUGGCAUUCAGACCUAAUUCUCCUUGAUCAAAUUCAUUCUGGUGAGAAAUCCCAUGUCUGUAAAGAGUGUGGGAAAGCUUUCAAGACCAGAAAUCAAUUUUCUGUACACUACAUAAUCCACACAGGAGAGAAACCUUUUAACUGUACACACUGUGGGAAAGCCUUCAACAGCAGAUCAGCUCUUUGCAGACAUAAAAAAAUCCACAGUGAAGAGAAGCCUUAUGAGUGCCAGGACUGUGGGAAGGCCUUCAAGACCAGGACACGUCUCAGUGUGCAUCAGAUAGUCCACACUGGGGAGAAGCCUUACAAAUGUAAUGACUGUGGAAAGGACUUCCAGUUUAAGCAUUCCCUUAUUGCCCAUGGCAGAAUCCAUACUGGGGAUAAACCAUAUGAAUGUGAGGAGUGUGGGAAGGCUUUCAGAGGGAGUUCAGAUCUCACCAAACACAAAAGAGUCCACACUGGGGAGCGACCUUAUGAGUGCAACAAGUGUGGGAGGGCCUUCAGUCAAAGCUCAGACCUAAGCAAACACAGAAGAGUCCACACUCAGGAGAAACAUUUUGGGUGCCCUCAGUGUGGAAAAGCCUUUAGUAUCAAGGCAGAUUUCAAGAAGCAUAGAAGAAUCCACAAUGAGGAAAAACCUUACAAGUGUGAGAAGUGUGGAAAAGCCUUCCGUCAUAACUGUAAGCGCAGGGCUCAUGAACUAGAACACACAGGGAAGAAGCCCUAUCCAUGUGGAGAUUGUGGGAAAACUUUCCAGGAUAGGCACUGCCUUACCAUCCAUCAAAGAAUCCACACUGGAGAGAAACCUUAUAAAUGUUUGGAAUGUGGCAAAGCUUUCAGUGGGAAGUCCAACUUGACCAAUCAUCAAAGAAUUCACACUGGAGAGAGACCCUACACAUGUGAGAUUUGUGGAAAGGCCUUUCAUCAUAAUUCAGUACUGAAGCAACACAAAAGAAUCCACACUGGUGAAAAGCCAUAUACGUGCUAUGAGUGUGGCACAUCUUUCCGUCAGUACUCAGCUUUAACUGGACAUAAGCGACUUCAUACUGGAGAGAAACCUUAUGAAUGUGAGGAGUGUGGCAAAGCUUUCAGGGUGAGCUCCAAUCUUACUGAACAUAAGAAAAGAAAACAUUUGAGUAUGGAGAAGCCAUGAGCUUGAUGAGAAUGGGAAAUCCCUCUCUCCAGUAAACAUUUCCCAGACCUUCUCAGUAAUCAGUAUUUUGACCAUUCAUGCCAGAUUAUAAUGAUUCUGUUGUUUACAACUUUCCAUUUCCUUACCAACUCUUAGACUGGUCCUUCUUGUUCUCCUACAUAGGGUUUUCCUGACUGCUAAUUGUGAGACACGCCCACCCCCCCCAGAGGCUUUAUCCUUUCUUUA